GUUCUAGAUCGAAGCCGGGCGGAAGAGUUGCUCGUCAGAAGCGCUCUUUGAUUUUGUAUCCGGAAGUGGGUAUUCCUGUGGCUAACAUGGCCGACGAAGAAGAAGACCCACCUUUUGAAGAAGAUAAUGAAGAAACUGGAGGAGGUCCAGAUGGUGGACAGGGAAAAAGGAAGCGGUUGUUCUCCAAAGAAUUGAGAUGUAUGAUGUAUGGAUUUGGAGAUGAUCAGAACCCUUACACAGAGUCUGUGGAUAUUCUUGAGGAUCUUGUCAUAGAAUUCAUCACAGAAAUGACCCACAAAGCAAUGUCGAUUGGACGACAAGGUCGAGUACAGGUUGAAGAUAUUGUCUUCUUGAUUCGUAAAGACCCACGAAAAUUUGCUCGUGUGAAGGACUUGUUAACAAUGAAUGAAGAACUAAAACGGGCUCGAAAAGCAUUUGAUGAAGCAAAUUAUGGAUCUUGAGGCCUUUUUUGAGCUCAUCUCAUUUUCUGAUCCACCCUUUCUGUAAAAGCAAACUCUGUGAAAAAUAGUAAGAACGCUGCUGCACAUUGAUAUAGACUAUGUUGUGAACUGUUUUAAGAAAGUUAACAUUCUUUUUAUUAUGUUGCUUGUCUUUAAAACAAAAUGCUAAAAUAUUCUUGGUGGACGUUAUUCCUUAUUAUACCCUGUAAUUUUCAGACUACA